AUGGAUAUUGAUGCUCCCAUUGCACUUGGCAUGCAGGAGCACCAUCAAAACAACGAUAUCGAUAAUCAUCUCAAUAACAGCAACAGCAGCGCAUUCUCGUCACACGUUUACCAUUCGGAGUCAUCGAUGAAUUUUGAUUAUUUGCAAGGCUUGCAUGCGGAUGCAGCGGCUUCUACAUCCCUGGGCGGCACCGGGAACGUCUCCUAUGGACUGGUCGACGACAGUAAAGCGCUGGACAGACCUUUCAAUGCAAACGAACGAUUUGUUACAAUACUAGAUCAAUUGGAUAUGCGCGUGGAGAAGUUUCGUAAGGAUGCUCUGAAUUUACAGGAGAAGAAGGACUAUCUUCUAAUGUCCAUGGAUCUCAUCAAGAGCAAUGAGUUGCUCCAAAACAUGAGCGAAGGAGAGCGUGAAGAGAUUAUUUUAUAUAUUCAGCGCGUUAGUGCACGCCUAGCCACUGUAGAUCUGAAUGUGCGCACCGUGAGGGAUGCGUCACAGGAGGACUCGCUCAGCCAGAUUAAUGCCUUAAUUGACACAAUGAUCAAAAUGGGUGACCCAGUUAUCGGGCGGCAACGUUGUCAGCUGUAUUUAAAUGCCUGCUGCAGCAGCUCAAUGGAUCCGAACGGACGUAUGGGAACUGUGUUUGAAGCGGAUGUGGGGCCAAUUGAUAAGAAAUUUGAAAGUGCUCUCCUCGGCUGCACUCUUGACGAUCAGAAGAACAUCAAGAAACGUUUGCAGGCUCUAAUGGGCUAUCUGAAUAAGCAAACUGUUACCGAUUAACUUAUUACUAGCUACAAAUAUGCCGCCAAUAUAAAUUAUGUUAAUAGGCAAUAACGAUAUAAACCAAAACAAAAUUUGCAAAAAAAAUAUAUAAACAAUAUGCCGACACGCAAAUAAAUCGAAUCUGAAAUGGUUA